ACAUGAUGUUACGGAAAAAUGAAAGACAUAAAAAACCCAAAAUCCCUAAUUGAAUGAAUCCCCUCUCCCAAUUGGUGCUCUCACUCCCCAUCACCGUCCACCUCUUCUCCAUCCGCCGCCGUCUUCAUCUUCUCCCAGCGAGCCACCUCACUUCUGCGGUUCUUCUCCUCUUCCAUCCCUCCGUUCCGCCAUUCAUCCUAUCCCUGAGCUUGAAGUCGUGUCGCCGCGAUUUCACUUCCAUUCCGCCGAGCUCUGCCAUCACCGUCACCUUCACGUCGUGCUCAGUGCUCACCUCCAGCUGUGCCGUCCAGUUGCAGCCGUCGCCUCCAGCCGUGCCUUCCAGUUCCGGCCGUCGCGUUCCAGCAUCGUCAUUGGCGCCUCAGAUUCUGGGUUUAGCCAUGGCUUCUGCUGGGCAGUUUUAUUAUCAGUAUCUAGACAACAGACGAUGAAUUUGAAAAAGUAGAUAUUGGAUUUGCUGGUCAGGAUAAUCAUUUGUCCCUUAAGGCGGUGGGUGAUUCAUGAGUUUAGUCACGAGGCGGACAUGGAUUUUAUAAAACAAUGGUACCAAAGACAGGUUAUCUGUCAUUCAUAUCACUGUAAUUGUCUGCAAAUGCACUAUCUGGAUAUUCCACAGAGAAGGGCAAAUAUAUCUGUCAUUCAUACCACUGUAAUUGUCUGCAAAUGCACUAUCUGGGAUAUUCCACAGAGAAGGCCAAAUAUCCACAGAGAAGGACAAUCACGGGCGAGUAUAAAGGCAACUUAAGCACUUGGAUGGAAAAUAAAUUGAAGGAUCUACCACCAAUAAUAGAUUGGUGGUCCUAUAUCAGGGACAAACUUAUACAAAUAUUCCAGCUCAUUUUUGCAACAUUGAAGAAUAUGUUCUUGAAGAAUGACUACCAUGGUAGAUUGAGUAUCCAUUCAAUCAAAGUUGGAUUUUUCAGGGAUAAGCAGUUGCGUGAUAUCUUGUCCAAUAUGGAAAACCGUAGGGUUAGUACUAACUACAUUCAAGACAAACAACUGGAUGAUGUCAAGGCGCUGAGAUCAAUUAUUUCCCAUAUUAUUAACCUUUCUUUUGGAACGGGUAACAAGCCUCACAUUAUUGAAGUUGAAGAGCUUUAUUAUCAUCGAUUCAAUUUCCUCCAAAAAAAAAUAUAGUGACGGGUAUAAUUUUUUGCC